UUCCGGUUUUUACACUUGUGGUAGAAUUUUGUAAACAAUGAGUAAAUGCUGAGCCAAGAUUACGUAAAUUGUCAUAAAGAACAAAUAUGAAGGUGGUCGCACUUGUAAGUGGAGGUAAAGACAGCUGUUAUAAUAUGAUGCAGUGUGUGAGUGAGGGGCAUCACAUUGUUGCACUAGCCAACCUAAAACCAGAAAAGAAAGAUGAAAUGGACAGCUAUAUGUUCCAAACAGUAGGACACCAUGGCAUAGACUUGUAUGCAGAAGCCAUUGGUCUCCCCUUAUAUAGACAUACAAUUCAUGGCUCCUCAAAAUCUAUAGGCAGAGAUUACACGGUCACAGAAGAUGAUGAAGUAGAAGAUUUAUUCAACUUACUCAAAAAAGUUAAGGACGAAUGUAGAAUUGAGGCUGUAUCAGUCGGGGCUAUUUUGUCAGAUUAUCAAAGAGUCAGAGUGGAAAAUGUAUGUCAGAGGCUCAGACUUACCUCACUUGCCUAUUUAUGGAGGAGAGAUCAAGAUGAACUGUUGAAAGAGAUGAUAGAUUCACAGGUGACAGCAGUUCUUAUCAAAGUUGCUUCCCUUGGUUUAGACCCUAAACACUUAGGUAAAACUCUGGGAGAGAUGUACCCUCAUUUAAAGAAAAUGAAAGAGAAAUAUCAGUUGAAUGUAUGCGGUGAAGGUGGGGAGUAUGAGACCUUUACUGUGGACUGUCCUCUGUUUGAGAAGCGAAUUGUGAUAGAUGAGGUAGAAACAGUUAUCCAUUCUGAUGAUGCCUUUGCCCCAGUAGCUUACUUGAACAUAAAAAGAGCACAUCUAGAGGAAAAACCACAGGUACCUAAAGAAGAUAUGGCAGACAGAGUAAAAGAUUUACCAAUGUUAAGAAGCUCUCAACUACACUCCUCCCUGCAGCUGGAGAACACCACACUAGAUCCACCUAUGACUUGUAACGGAGAGGAAAGUCACAACACAGUCCCACUUACAUUGAGUGAAGACAAACUAAUCUCAGUGGUAACUAAACAUGACCAUAUAUGGAUAACUAGACUUGUUGGUCUGAGCACAGGAAAUGCCAGCUUAACAGAAAUUACCACCAAAACAAUGAACAAGCUGAAAGAGAUCCUGGAAAACUCUCCAGCAACCAAUGGCUGUGGCAUGAGUUGUGUAGCAAUGGUUCACCUGUAUGUUCAAGACAUGGCCAUGUUUGGAGAAGUUAAUUCUGUUUACAAAACAUAUUUUGGGAUAAAUCCACCCGCAAGAAUUUGUGUCCAGGCCGACUUACCCCCUAAUGCGGCCCUUCAGAUAGAUUGUUACUGUAACAAGGAUGUCAAUGCGAGACAAACAAUGCAUGUUCAGGGCCUAUCCCACUGGGCACCAGCAAACAUAGGCCCUUAUAGUCAAUGUGUGAAGGUCAAAGACAAACUUUAUAUGGCAGGACAGAUAGCAAUGUGCCCAGCUAACUUGUCAAUCAUAAGUGGAGGAAUAGUUCCACAGGCUAGACUGUCUCUCCGCCAUGUACACAGGAUAUUAGAUGCAAUGCAUUGUGGGAUGGACACACUAAAUAUGGUCAUUUGUUAUGUAACUAAUAUUGACUAUGUACAGUCAGCUCGAAAGGAGUUGGAAACUUACAAAUUAAGAUAUAAGGAUGUGGAGUUUGGAGUAGAGGGAUGUGACAGUCCCUCACCCACUGUGGUGUAUGUAGAAGUACCAAGGCUACCUAAAGAUGCUCUCAUAGAAUGGCAGGUUACGGCUAGAACUGACCUCCAGGAAUUGUCUGUUUCAGAAUGGAGGAAGGAUAUUCAGUUGGCUGACUUUAAAUGUUAUGUACAUUGUCUCCAUACUGAUGAGGAAAUCAUUUCAUGUGUGAUAUCAAUAAGAAGCAUACAAUCUGUAGGGAAUCCAUUAACAAGGAAAGUGUCUGACUGUUUCUGUACAGUUCUGAAUGAAGUCCAAGUAUCACUGCCAGCAACAUAUCAGUCAAUAUUCCCACUACGAAUUUUCUUCUCCUCUAGUCAACUUAAUGUCAAUGAACUUUAUCAGGAUCUUGAUCAUCAUGGAACCAAUUCAGAAACCUCAUUUGUCCUCGUCCCAGUAUCACAACUCUCCUCUCCUGACAAGCUGCUAGAGGCAUGCUCCUGAAGUUAUAUCAAUCUGAAGGAGAGUUGACUUUUUGUUUGUUUAAAUUAAGAAUAACAAGGUUACAGUGUACAUUUUAUAAAUGUUAAAGCUGCUUUUACAUACAGUAUGUAAAUGAGAGGCAUUUUAUAAUGAAAAUAGUUUGUCCUUACCUUCAUUUCUUUGAAAUAAAAUAUAGGAAAUUUUUAAAA